AUGGUGGAGUUCGACCGCCGGAUUUCUGCACCAUCACCUGCCGCUCAAGCCGCAGCCCUUCGCCGUCUCUCCACCCGCGCUGCUUCCACCAGCAGUAUCCCCACCCCGACCUCGUUAUCCGCCUGCGCCUCCCUCACGCCUAUUGCCGAAUCGAUCCUAUCCCACCUUCGCUCUUCCGGCGUAAACAUCCUUCCUGGUCUCUCCCCUUCCGAGCUCACUCGCGCGGAGGCCGAGUUCGGCUUUUCCUUCCCGCCCGAUCUCCGCGCUUUCAUCUCCCUCGGCCUUCCGUCCGGUCCCGGUUUUCCCGACUGGCGGUCGCCAUCCCACCUUCGCCCCCUUCUCGAUCUCCCUGCAGCCUCCAUCUCUUUCCAGAUAGCGUUUCCUCGAGUCCAUUCAUUCUGGCCUAAAUCCUCUUGGGGCCCCCGCCCGAACGAACCCGACGAAGCCCUCCGGUUUGCCCGCUCCGCCCUUCGCCGCGCGCCUCUUCUUCUUCCUGUAUUCAACCGAUGCUAUCUCCCCUGCCUCCCCGCACUCGCUGGAAACCCCCUUUUCCUCGUCGAGGACUCACGCGUUACCAUCUGCGCUCUUGAUCUCUCUGAUUUCUUCCUCUCCAACUUUUCUCCUUCCCUCCGUCUCCAGCGGCAGUUUUCCGCGGCUGAGCCUCUACCCCCUUCCCCCCUCGAUUACGCCUCCCGUCGAUCACUGGACUCCGCAGCAAGAACCCCACGAUGGAUCGAGUUCUGGACUGAAGCCGCCUCCUUCGACCGCCGUCGACGGAGCUCUUCAUCCUUUUCGUCCUCGGAGCGUUUCGUUGACAUCCGGAAGCAGAGGAUGUCACCGCCUGCUUGGGUUGGGAAGUACUUAGAACGGAUUGGGGAAAUUCUGAGGGAUGGGGGCUGGAGGGAGAAUGAUGUUGCAGAGAUGGUAGAGGUUGCGGCCUCAGGGUUCUUUGACAGCGCUGCCAGUGGCAAAGACAACGUGGUAGCCGUGGAUGGGGAGGCGGUUCUGGACGCUCUGCUACUGAAAGCCAAUCGGUGUAGCGAUUCGCUCCGUCGGGCUGGGUGGAGCUCAGAGGAGGUUUCUGAUGUGAUGGGAAUGGACUUCCGGCGAUCGAGAAGAACAUGCCGGCCAGCCGUGCGGCUCCCAAAGGAUAUUGCGGAGAAGAUCGAGAAGCUCGCCGACGUGGUCUCACGUACUUCGUGA